UUUCCCGGCGUGCUCCGCGCGAACUUCCGGUGUCGGGAGCUGGUGGUGGAACUCUGAGCACCGGAGUGGCUCUGGGUGGUGUGGAGGCGGGACCGGCGUCGGGAGCCACCUGAUUCCCGGUGGGACUUGGAGCUCUGGUGUGGCUCGCUGGGCGACUCCACCUGGUCCCGGAGCAGCUCCGUCCAGUCCCCGGGGCAGCUCCGCAGAGCCCGCCGCUUCUGCCAGGCUGCUGGGAACUGCCUCGCCUGCCACGACCUGCCGAGCGACCCUGGAGUGUGUGUCCCGAUGCCAGCCCAGCUGCCACAGAGGGUCCCUCUGGAAGACUAAAAGGGUCAGCUCUGGAGCCCAAGCCAAGGCGGACUAGCCCUGAGCCUUAGGCCAGGGGAAUGGCAUCCCUCCAGGAGCCCCAAGACCAGGAUCCAGGAGAGGGUGAAGGACUUCUGAUUGUGAAGGUGGAAGAUUCCUCUUGGGAGCAGGAACCUGCCCAGCAGGUGGACAGCAGGGAUUCAGAAGCCUGUCGCCAGCGAUUCCGUCAGUUCUGCUACAGGGAUGUGGGUGGACCACAUGAGGCCUUCAGCCAGCUCUGGGAACUUUGUUGCCGCUGGCUACGGCCGGAGCUUCAUAGCAAGGAGCAGAUCCUGGAGCUGCUGGUGCUAGAGCAGUUCCUGACUGUGCUGCCAGGGGAGAUCCAGGCCCAGGUGCAGGGACAGUGCCUAGGGAGUGGUGAGGAAGCUGUCGCUUUGGUAGAGGAUCUACAGAAUCAGUCAUUGAAAGCCUGGCCUCAGGAUGUACCCUCAGAGAAAGUGGAGCCUGAGGCUGCAGUCCAGGGAUCCCAAGCCAAAGGGCCUCCCCUGAUGGCAGGUGUACAGAAACAACCACCUAUACCCCUGGAGCAGCACAGCCAUGCCCAGCUUCCUGCUCUUCUUAAAGAGGGAUGGACAGGAGAGAGGAUGGAUGAUGCCUGCUUUGCGUCUGGGGUUCAUCUAUCUGGGAGACCUGAGCUGGGUCAUAUUUCCUCAUUGCGAGGACCUGUGGCAUUGGGAGACAUCCCUUUCUAUUUCUCCCGUGAAGAAUGGGGCUCCCUGGACCCUGCUCAGAGGGAUCUCUUCUGGGACAUAAAGAGGGAGAACUCCCGGAACUCUGCCCUGGGUUUGGAACCCAAAAGCCCGAGAGAGAGGGCUCCGCUGGAGGAGGCCAUGACCGCAUUGUCGGGCCAAGGAGGCUGUGAAGUAACCAUGUCCUGGAAUCCUGAGGAGACGGAGACGUGGAAGAGUGAGAACCAGCCUGGGACAGCCCUGGGACAGCUGGUGGUGGCAGGGCGCGGUCGGCCGCCCAAUCGGCGGCGCCAGUUCCGAGACCUGGUGACCGAGAAGCCGCAUGGCUGUGGGCAGUGCGGGAAGCGCUUCCGCUGGGGCUCAGACCUGGCCAGGCACCAGCGCACGCACACCGGUGAGAAGCCACACAAGUGCCUGGAGUGCGACAAGAGCUUCCGCAGCUCCUCAGACCUGGUGCGCCAUCAGGGCGUGCACACGGGCGAGAAGCCCUUUUCCUGCUCCGAGUGCGGCAAGAGCUUCAGCCGCAGCGCCUACCUGGCAGACCACCAGCGCAUCCACACGGGCGAAAAGCCCUUCGGCUGCAGCGACUGCGGCAAGAGCUUCUCCUUGCGCUCCUACCUGCUGGAUCACAGGCGCGUGCACACGGGGGAGCGGCCUUUCGGCUGUGGGGAGUGUGACAAGAGCUUCAAGCAGCGUGCACAUCUCAUUGCGCACCAGAGCCUACACGCUAAGAUGGCCCAGCCGGUGGGGUAAACUGCCAAUUAGGGAUCCCAGCCACUCAGCGAGGCGGACGCAACCAGAGACUCCCGCAGCACCUCUUCCUCUGUCCCCCCAUAUUUGCCACCCAUCUACGAUCACUGCCCAGCCUUUUCGAGGUCCCUAGGGCCCUGCACUCAGAAAUGGCCGGCCAGUUCCCAGGAUCCUGCCGCCUUGUCUUUCUCCUUAUUGUUCUGAAUUUCUCUUCCACUCCAAAUUCCUGGAGCUUCGCACUUUCCUGUGGGGCAGCAGGUGAUACUAGGCCUCAGCCAGAGCCUAGGGUUUCUUCCCAGAACCCCACCCCCAAGCCUUGCUUGGCCAGAGCUCUUUGUUUCCUGCCUUCUCAGGUGGGUCCAUGGGCCCAGCCAGGUUCUCUGCCCUGCCAACCUGUGCCUUCUAGUGGGGAUUGGCCUCCAUCCCCAGAGAACUGCUGGGCUGUGGGAAAGACCAUGGGCCCACACCUAUGAGAACCUAGAUCCUGUGGGUGGCCACAGUGACUUCCUGGCCCUCCUCCCCCUUGUACUUCCAGGCUGUGACCACUGUGUCCUGUCCUAAUCACAGGAAGCUGCCUACUUGUCCUGCUGUGAGCCAGGAGGAGACACUUACCUGUGGAUCUGGAGGUGGUGGUGGCGUCUCUAGCAUCGGGCUAACCUGGAGACAAGGAGCAGGGGGUGAGCAGAGGUUCCCUGCUCACCCACUCCUCCAGAGUUAUGGCCUUUGUUGUACUGAACACUAGCACUCCAUCAGCACUUUGUGGCUGACUUCUCAAGCACUGCAUUCCAUUUUCUGUCUGCAUUGUGUGCAGAUUCACAUUAACAGGGUCAGACUAGGAACUCUCCAAAGGGGCUCAGCCCAGUGGACCUCAGAAGGGUUUGAAUAAAUGUGAAAAUGUGCCUCCAGGUUGUCAUUCUUUAGGGUGGGGGCCU